ACAGCUGAACGUACAACUGAAUAACUAAAAAUGUCAUGUGAGAUAUUCAAUGCGACAGGCAUCAAUCAACCAGUAACAGCUACAGCCAACAGCACUAGCACAUCUAGUAAGCCAGUCAGUCACUCAGUCAACCAGCAGCCAGGCUGCUGGCAGGCACACCUCGGCUGUUCGUCAGCCAACACAACCUCGACAGUCAACGUUGUCGCUGGGAACUAUACCUCAUUGUUGUUGUCUCAACGUCGACGACGAGCAAGUCACGUAAAUGUGCAUUCCGUUGGCAACACUACCGAAAUAAAGGCUUGCACUACGAACAACAACUAUCAACCGUUGAUGUAAAAUUAUCGAUAAACGCUUUUGACAGUUUGAUAAUGCCUUAGAAUGAAAGCAACGCAUAGAAAAUAAAUUAC